GGAGGAAAGAACAGAAGACGUGGAAAGAACGAGAACGAAGGCGAGAAGCGCGAGUUGGUUUUCAAGGAGGAUGGUCAAGAAUAUGCCCAAGUCUUGAAGAUGCUCGGAAACGGUCGUGUUGAGGCCCAGUGUUUCGAUGGCGAGAAGAGACUUGCACAUAUCCGCGGAAAGAUGAGAAAAAAGGUCUGGAUCAACCAAGGAGACAUCAUUUUGAUCUCGCUUCGAGAUUUCCAGGACGAUAAAGCCGAUGUCAUUCUCAAGUACAACACUGAGGAGGCCCGUAACUUGAAGGCCUACGGUGAAUUACCUGAGAGCGCGAAGAUCAACGAGACCGAUACCUUCCAGGGUAGCGAGGACGAGCUCGAUGUCGAGUUCGACAUUGACGAGAUUUAA